AUGCUGGUUUGUGGUUGCGCAGCACAUAGAAAUGCAAAAAAGAAAAAUCGUAUUAGUCGUAGUACCCAAGAAGCAUCAGAAAGAAAACAACAAGAGUUUCAAGUAAAACUGCGGGCAACCUAUACACCAACAGUGGAUCUAUCAUCGCCUCCACCAAUGGAUUAUUCCUACUGGCCUUCAGAAGAAGAAGAACCACAACAACAACCAUUCUAUGGAGUCAGUGGUGGACCUUAUCCAUAUACUCUUCAACCUCCAUGGCAGCAACAACAAUAUCAACCACAAACAAAUGAAUAUGUGCCCUCUCCACCACCUUCAGCCCCUCCUCCUCCUCCUCCCUCUUCUCCCCAUCACAAUAUCCAAAUGGUUAAUUUACAAAAAGAAAGCGAUUGUCAACAACAAUUCAGUGUUACGCAAUUGGGAGAACCGGAUCAUUCCAAAAGAAAUGAAAAGACAAAUAAUAAUUUGGAAGAAGUUGAUGAUGAUUAA